AUGAAGUUUCUUGCUUUGCUUCCCCUUCUCCUUCUAGUCAAUUUCUUGCAUCAACCCUACACGGUGGUAGGAGCUGAUCUUAUAGAAGAAACUUGCAAGAAAACCAAGUAUCCUGCUCUUUGCGUGAAAACCCUAAAGUCAAAUCCAAAAAGCUCUGCUGCUGAUGCCAAAGGCCUCGUUCAUAUCAUUCUAGAAGCUAACUUGGCAAAUGCUAAAGGUACUUCGGCCAAAGUAAGCAAAAUGUUUAAGGAGGCUGGUAGUAAAGAUUUUAAGGAAUGCCUCGAUGUGUGUGCAGAGGUAUAUGACUCUGCUGCCACCGAGGAUUUUCCUACUGCGAUUCAAAGUUUAGAGAAAAAUGAUCUUGCUACAGCAAAAAUUCAUGUAAGCGCUGCUUCUGAUGCUCCAGAUAACUGUAAGGACGCAUUUUCGGAGGAUCCAAGUGUCCACACACCACCUGAUUUAGCCAGACUGAAUGAUUAUUUUGAUCAGCUUUCUAUAAUAGCUCUCGCAAUGAUCCUACCUACAGAAGCCAGUAUGGGUGAUUGGAUUAGUGGUUUACCAGAUGAGAUCCUUUUCCGCAUCAUUUCUUCUCUCCCCUUCGAAUCUGCUGUACAAACAAUUGUUCUUUCAAAUCGAUGGAGACUUCUGUGGGAGACUGCAUUAGUGCAACAUGGCACCAACAAGGAUGUAGCUAACGCAAUGUCUGGUUUUCUUGUCAAUUUUGAUGAGCAAGAUCCAUCAAAGAAUACCAGGAAAUUUCAGUUCCACUUUUGCAAUGGUAGUGUCCUCUUGGCUAUCAUUGGAUGUAAUGACAGCCUUCAUCUCCAUUUCUCUGCUGGAAAACCAGAAUCUCCUCGACAGUUCGGCUUGCAAUUAAAGUUCAAUCACCAAAACCUUGCCAGCCAACCAUCUCCAUCUUCCUUUUAUGUUAAAAACCUUCAUCUGAUGUCAGUGACCUAUCUUACGAACGAGGUGGUUUCUUCCAUAAUAACAAACUUUCAGCUUCUUGAGACCUUGAAAAUCACUGGCUGCAACUGUUUACAAUCGUUAAGUGUGGGCUCUGACACAAAGCUUCUGAGCUUAACCAUCUUUGACUGUCCACAACUAAAAUCUCUCCACAUCAGAUCUUUUAAGCUUCGCACAUUCCGCUAUCGAGGGCCACUACCUUGGAUUUGGCCUGAAUAUCACUUUAACCUGGCCGAUGCCUUGCUUGGUUCCAGAGAAGGACCUGGCUAUAGUAGCUUUACUGGCCGUGACUUUGGCUCGGUUCUCUUGACUAUAAAGAAUGUAAAAGUGCUCACUCUGUGCAAAUGGACGUUUGAGGCGUUGAUCCGUCCAUCGCUAUCCAACUUACUUGCAGAUUUCCAAUUCUAUAAUUUAAAAGAGUUGUGGUGGAUUGAUAAUUCAAUCGAAAGAUAUGGCAGCGAUGCUUUAAUCUCUUUCCUGAAAUUAUGUCCUUCAUUACAGCAACUCUUCGUGACAAUUGAUCCUAAAAGCUACUGCAUGGAAAGCAGCACAAAAUGUUCUAUACGAGCUGGCAGGAAUACACGGCUGCAUGAUCUAAAACUUGUUAAACUGGAUGGAUUUGAAAAUGAAGCAGAUGAGAUACUCUUGGCAGAACAUAUAGGAAAGGUUGUCACUACUGAGCCACUAAUUCUAGCAUCAUCAGAUGGGAUUUCCUUGCGAAGAUUGAUUGAGGUAAGCUCAAACCAGCCAAAGCAGAGCAGUACAGACAACUUGGAAGCGGUAGUAGCACCCCAUUCAUGUGAAAGGAAGUGUUCUUAUAAGUUUGUGGAAGUUCAAGAUAUGAAGGAAUUGUGUCUUAAACAUGUUCAUAUGGGUCUUUGA